UGUUAUAAUAUGUGUUUUUGACUUUGUAUGCUUCGUAAUAAUUAGUUUUGAACAUAAUCUGUUUUUUGUAUGUAGGUAGUUUACAAUUAGUGUGAUGUGUGAUUGUAACUUGGAAGGUCAUUGAUGAAACUGUAGACAUUACUAAGUUGAAUUUUAAGUUGUGGCCCCAUUAAAUUGUAGGCACCUUUAGAGGGUCACCUGGGAACUUAGUAGGUUAUAGUUUAUUGACCAGUAGAUUUCAAUGAUUUUUGUGAAGUUUUAGGAGUUGAAUUGUUUAUGAAGGACACAUGGAAUAGAGAAUACUAGAUGAAGUGAGUGGAUGGAGACAUACUGGGACUUUGGUGAACAAAUGGAGAUUUUUCAACUAAGAAGUUUAGAUGCGAUGUGUUUGAAGACUUUGUUGAGGUUCUGAGUUGGAUUCUGAUUGAAAAAAUAAAUAUGGAUAUUCAGUCAGUAGAUUCUAGUCGUAGUCGAUCAACUAAUCGUUCUGAAACUGUUUCAUAUCAACAUUUUCUUGACAUGGAAAUUCUAUGCGAUCGAUUAAUACUUUUGGAUUAUGAAUCGUAUGUAGUGAAAUCAUUGAAAAUGAGACCAAUUAAUAGACAUUAUUUUGCCUUACAAACUAGUUCUGGAGAACAGUUUUAUAUGUUUGUAUCUUUAGCCAUAUGGUUGUUAAGCAAACUUGGUAAAGAUCUAAAACAGCCUCAAGAAUAUGAUGACCCAAAUUCAACAGUUAAUAGUAUACUAGAAUCGUCUGCACAAUUAGAAUUAUCUGUUGAUUUCCCAGUUAAUCAACUAAAACAAGGUUUUGGAAAACAUGUCAUUGAAAUUUUAAAUGGGCUUGCAGAUUUGGCUUUAAAAAAAAAUAAUUUUCCCUACAAAAAACCAAUAUUUCCAGUUGAAAAAGAAGAAAUAGAAGAAUUACCUGAAAAUAAUGCAGAACUUUUAUUAGAACAUGUUGAAGAAGAAAUGGUUUGGACGGACUCUGAUUCCGAUGAAGAAAAUAUGCUUAAUAUUAAUGAUUUGACUGCUUUAAAUAAGAAUAAAAGACAAACUUCUUAUAAAACAAAUGAGAAUUUAAAAACUACAUCUGCUAAUAAAGAAGAAUGGAACCUAGAAUUAGAACAAGUACUACCUUCAUUACGAGUAACAAUCAAGCUAGAUUACAAAGAUUGGCGAACAAGUUUGAAACAAAUGAAGGAACACAAAUUUAUGAUGAAUGCAUCCAUAGAAAAAGUCAAGCCUCUUUUAACCAAUCUUUGUAGUACACUAGGAGAAACUAUGGAGAAAGUUUAUAGUAGAGAACAAUACUUGAACAGCUCUUUAGACAACCUUCUAAUAGAAUACCGUAAUUCUCAGGAUGAACUAGCUCGAGUUAUUGAACAUUAUAAACUUUUAAGUAAUGGUAUUGUAGAACGACAAGAUGCAUUAUUAAAAAUAACUGAACAAUUAGAUAUUGUUAAGCAAGAAAUGGAUGAAAGAGGAUCAAGUAUGACAGAUGGAACACCACUAAUCAAUAUAAAAAAAGCAAUAGCAACUAUAAGGUCAGAUAUCAUGGAAAUGGAUGUUCGUAUUGGUGUGUUGCAACAUGGAUAUUUUAUGUCUAAAGUACAUGAAAAAUCUGUUAUUCAAGAUCCUAUGAUAAGGCCAAUAUUUCCUAGAACUGUGUUGUGAUAAUAUUAAGUACCUACACUUCUUCCUUGCUGUUUGCAUUAGUUAUAAAUUACUAUUUAGUAAAUAUUUAAAUGUUAUGUCUUUAUGAUGCAUAUA